GUGUGUGUGUGUGUGUGUGUGUGUGUGUGUACUGUCACAAGUGGAUCACCACAUGCUGUACCCAUGAUCUGAAUAUUUUACAUUAGUCUGCAAGAUUUGGGUUUCUUAAAAUAAACAUUUUUCUUCAGUUCAGUGCAGUGGCCCCUCCUAGCGUUUAUGUUAGUAACUCAUCACAAUUUGUCAAAUUAUGUCUUAACAAGGACAUGAAUGAAUAACAACACAAUGCAAAUCUCAUUCUUUUUGAGUUCAUCCAAACCAGCUACCCUGUAGUGCUUGCACAAAUUAGUAGGUUUGUGUAAAGCAUUGGCAAAAAUAACUUGCCUCCCCAUUUUGCUUGUCACCUACUGCUGGGAAAAAUACAUUUAUACCAUAUGUUACAAACAUUGAAGAUAUGUAUUUUUGAACAUAUAAACAUUUAGUACUUUUCAUUUUCAUCAUUUAAUUUUCAGAAUUUUUCUUAGUUUCCAAUCUAAUAUGGCCUGCAAAUCUGUUUUUUGACAUUAGAGGGCAAAAGCGCAAUCAUAGAAUAUAAAGCCAAUUGGUGCUGUGGGCAGUGCUGCAUCUCAACUGUACAGCUGCAAAUUAACCUGGUGUAUUUUUUUUUUUUUAAUUUAAGUAUUAUUAUUACAUCCAAGACUUUUACAGAAACACACCAGUGAAUACGUAGAGGCAUGUGUCUAUUAUUACUCCUUUUUAACUGGAAACUUAAAAUUACAGGGUACUGAAUAGAUGAUGUGUUUAGGUGACCCAUUAGUCGUUUCCUCGUGGCCACUUUUUGUAGAAGUUUAUCGUUAGACGUGUGAUCGGCAUUUAAGGUGAAACACUUUUUAGUUAAUUUUUCCCAAGAGAUGCUCAUUACCCUGCAACUCGCUCACCUUUGGUUCAUGCUGCUGAGCUGCCUGAUGUCUCGUGUGUAAAGAGGAGCAACACACUGAACAGGAGCAGGACGACUGCGUGGCGCCUGCUGAUGGAAGGCCAUGGCCCGCGUGUCCCCAGCCCCAGACCCAGAUCCCGCCCCAGUGGGAAUGCCGCAGCAGAUCCUUGCUGUUCCCAUGCAGAGCAAAUACCAGUGCCAGCAAUGCCACGAACUGCUGAGGAGGCCUGUCCAGGCCUUGUGUGGCCAUCGAUUCUGUGUGCGCUGCCUAGCGCAGCUCACCAGCUCAGGACCCAAGCCCUGCGAAGCCUGCAGAAUCGAGGAGAUAUUCGAAGAGCCCCUCUCCAUUCUCAACAGCAGCGAUGCAUUCCCAGACAAUGCUGCAAGAAGAGAGAUCGAAAGCCUCCCUGCCAACUGCCCCAAUGAGGGCUGCUCCUGGAAAGGACUUGUUAAGGAAUAUGAGGCUCAACACGAGGGCAAGUGUAUGUUUGAUCGGGUGCCGUGCAAGGCGUGCCGCCUGCUGAUCCUGCGCAGCGAGCAGGAGAAGCACAGCGAGAGGGAGUGUGAGGAAAGGACCCUCAACUGCAAGUACUGCAAAGCUUCGUUCAACUUCAAGGACAUCAAGGCUCAUGACGAAGUUUGUCAGAAGUUUCCGAUGCAGUGUAAAGACUGUGGGAAGAAAAAGAUCCCACGUGAAAAGUUCCCUGAGCACAGUAAGUCCUGUGUGAAGUCCAAGGUGGCCUGUCCAUUCACCGCGGUGGGCUGCAGAGCGUUGGUUGAACAUGAGAAACAAGCGGAGCAUGAGCAGGCAAGCGCUCAGGAGCACCUGCGUCUCCUGUUGGAUUGCCUGUGCCAGCUGCGGCGCCAGGGGGAUGGUCCUGGCGAGUGGCAGGAGGACUCGGGCCCUGGACUGUACUGCGCUCCAGAGGAGCGGCCCACAGCCACUGCUGCCAGUGCCAAGCUGACCGCCACCCUGGAGCAAAAAACAACGGCACUGGAGAACAUUGUUUGCGUGCUGAACCGGGAGGUAGAGAGGAGCUCUCUCACUUUGGAGGCGUUCGCCCGGCAGCACCGCUUGGACCAGGAGAAGAUUGAGAACCUGACCAACAAGGUGCGGCAGCUGGAGCGCUCCCUGACGCUGCGGGACAUGCAGCUGUCUGAGACGGAGCAGAAGCUGCGUGAGCUGGAGUACUGCACCCAUGACGGCGUGUUUGUUUGGAAGAUCACGGAGUUCUCACGGCGGCGACAGGAAGCUCUUGCUGGACGGGCGCCGGCCAUGUUCUCCCCAGCUUUCUUCUCCAGUAAAUAUGGCUACAAGAUGUGUUUGCGGCUGUACCUGAACGGCGAUGGGACGGGCCGCGGGACGCACCUUUCUCUCUUCUUCGUGGUGAUGAAGGGUCGAUUCGACGCUCUGCUCAAGUGGCCCUUCAGUCAGAAGGUGACUCUGAUGCUGUUGGACCAGAACAACCGAGAGCACAUCAUCGACGCCUUCCGGCCGGACAUCACCUCCAGCUCCUUCCAGCGGCCCGUCAGCGAGAUGAACAUCGCCAGCGGCUGUCCUCUCUUUUGCCCGCUGUCCAAACUGGCCGGAAAGAGCUCCUACCUGAGAGAUGACACCAUAUUCAUCAAGGCCAUUGUAGAUCUCUCGGGCCUCUAGCAAAUACGGAACUAGCAGAACUUUAAAGCCGUGCCGCAAUGGAGAGGUUCCUGUAGACGAGGGCAGAGAAGAUAGUCAUAGGCGUGCUGCUGCACGAGGCGAUUCCACCCACCGCUAACCGUAAGUUCGUACAAAGGUUCCCUAAAUGUUGGCAUUUGUGGGACGCUGCAGGACGCACAUCAGGGACAGCAGGUGAAGGAGUGGAUAAAUCGUGUACUCUGGUCUUCAAGUCCCAUUAAAAUUUCCAGCUGUGUUUGUCAGUAGAACUGUAAACCGUAAUAACUGUAGAGGUUGUUAUUAUUAUUAUUAUUAAUAUUGUUCUGCAGCGGAUGUCCUGUGUGAAACGGGACAAGACAUGUUCUGUGUGCAACGGAACAUGUAAAACAACCUGCUUGAACAUCUGUAGUUAAAAUGGGAUAGUUUCAUUCAGACCUGCAGC